UCUACCAUGAUUGGUUGGCCCUUCUUUACCAGUGCAUGUGGGUGCUGCUUAGCUACUAGCAUUUGAGGAUGGCCCAAGACAAGCAGAAUGAGGCAAAAAUUGCCUCAAUGGAUGAAAAUAAAGAAAAUGUAUCCGACCCAGGAGUUGGAUUGGAGAUUCUGCAAAUCAUCAAGGAUUCUCAGCAGCAGCACGGCCUCAGACAUGGAGACUACCAGAGAUACAGGGGUUACUGUUCGCGGCGGCUGCGGCGGUUGCGAAAAACCCUGGGCUUUAAGAUGGGGAACCGCCACAAGUACACUGGCAAGAAGAUAACCGAGGAGAUGCUCUCUGACAGCAGGUAUCUGCUGCUGGUUCUGAUGGAGGCCGAGAGGUCCUGGAGCUACGCCAUGCAACUAAAGCAGGAGGCCAACACGGAGCCCCGCAAGCGCUUCCACCUGAUGUCGCGACUGCGCAAGGCAGCCAAACACGGCCAGAAGCUGGAGAAGCUGUGCGAGAGCCCCAGCAUCGAUGCAAAGACCAAGCUUGAGGCCCAGGCCUACACAGCGUACCUGACUGGCAUGGUAGAGUUUGAACUGCAGGAGUGGAAGCCAGCCAUGGAGGCUUUCAACAAGUGCAAGACCAUCUAUGAGAAGCUAGCAAGCGCCUUCACUGAAGAGUUGGCAGUGCUGUAUCACCAGCGUGUUGAGGAAAUCUCACCCAACAUCCGCUACUGUGCUUACAACAUUGGUGACCAGAACGCUAUAAACGACCUGAUGCAGAUGAGGCUGAUCGGCGGUGGAGGGAACAUGAUGGCAGAGAAGCUCGAGGCACUGAUCACCCAGACCCGGGCCAAGCAGGCGGCCACCAUGAGCGAAGUGGAGUGGAGAGGACGUACGCUGCCCGUCAAGAUCGAUAAAGCCCGCAUCUUCCUCCUGGGGCUGGCCGACAACGAGGCCGCCAUCGCUCAGGCAUCCAACGAGGACACCAAAGAGCACCUGUACGAGACCCUGCUGUCCGAGUGCAGAGACACCAUCCAGGCUGUGAGGGAGGAGCUCAAGGCUGAGAAGCAGAGAGAGCGGGGGCCUGAUGCGGACACCGGCAAGGUGUCCAACCUGCAGUUCCUGCACAGCUACCUGAGCUACAUCAAGCUGUGCACGGUGGUGAAGAGGAACGAGAGCAUGGCCCACACGCUGCAAGCCAAGCUGAAGGACCCGCACAACGACGAGAACAAGAGGGGGCCCAAGCCCCAGGACCUCAUCCGCCUGUAUGAGAUCAUCCUCCAGAGUCUGGCAGAGUUGUCCACACUACAGGGAUUGGAGGAAGACCACACCUUCCAGAAGGAGAUGGCCCUCAAGACUCUUGUCUACAAGGCUUACAGGUGCUUCUUUAUCGCCCAGUCCUACGUGCUGGUGAAGAAGUGGAGCGAGGCCCUGGUUCUGUACGAGAGGGUGCUCAAGUACGCCAAGGAGGUCCAGUCCAAGGCCAAGAGUAUUGGUGACAAGGAACUGCCCGACGUCCAGGAACUGAUCGCUGAGGUCAACGCUGAGAAGUACUCCCUCCAGGCUGCUGCCAUUCUAGACACGGAGGAGGUGAACGAGUCUCCGGCCGAGCGCCCGGUGAAGGACAACACGCCUCUGUGCGACCGAUUGGAGACCUUCCGGCUGGACCCGGCCCUGGUGGGCAAGCAGCCCAACCUGGUGCACUUCCCCCCGGGCUUCCAGCCCAUCCCCUGCAAGCCCCUGUUCUUCGACCUGGCCCUCAACCACGUGGCGUUCCCGCCGCUCGACGACAAGGUGGAGCAGAAGGGCAAGGGCGGCCUGACCGGCUACAUCAAGGGCAUCUUCGGCUUCGGCAGCUAAACCGUCUCCAGAGCCUCCAGUCCUGCCAUCCAACGGCAAGCGGCCAGGCCCCACUGGUCAGCUGGAAUGGUCUUUUCCCCCCUUCUUGUUUGGUUCUCACCCUUUUUCAGGGGACGUCUUAUCAGGGGUAUCUAUGGCCUUGAAACCAUUUGAAAUGAAGUGGCCUACAUCGAUCCAAGGCCUUCUGCCCCCGGAUCCCCACGGUGCCGGUGGUGAUCCGGCUGCUUCUGGACUGCUGGCACCAUUAGCGAUAUCUCUGUUCAGCCUAACUAAGCCCGUCUGGCAUUUUUCUUUCAUUUAAAUGUUUUGAGGGGUUUUUCUAUUGACACACUCUGAUAGUGUAAACCUGGGUACCAGUUCUGACGAGGAUACAUAAUCAUGCAUGAGAGAGCCAAGGGCCUAAAUGGGAGGUGUUCAUCCUGGUAGAGACCGGUUGGUUAUCUGCUCUUGUUCUGCCUGCUCUCUCCACAGUAGGAGGAUGAGAAGAAUGAAUGGCAUCCUCAUUCUCAGCAGUUAUCAUUCUGACAGUGGAGUGGCCUGCAUAUUUUUAUGAUAAUUUUUUUCAGGCAACCCAACACCAUUUUUUGCCAACUAGAAGGACAACUUAUUUAACCUUUAAAAUGCUACAGUGAACACUUUGGUUUGAUGUUGGACCAACCUACUUAACACGCAGCCUCUGCAUGCUGUCUUUGAAGUUUGCUUGGUGGUUAUUUUUUAAAGCCGCUCCUGCAGCUUAGCCGUCUAAAACUUGUGGUGUGAAUAUACAGUGCAUCUCCAGGGUACACUAUACAGUGUACCCUGGCAUUAUUUUGUGUUCAUCAUCCUUUGCGUGUGCACUGCAUCAUUGUCGCUCUUUCCACCUGCGCCUCCAACCCCAGGCCAGCUCUCCUCUUGUAGACACCAGUUUAACCUUGGACACUGGUUCUAGUGUCUGUACACACGCAGCAUUCUGUACCUCUCACUGUAUGUUUUUCUUUAAUAUGGUUAUUAGUUACUCUUUAUUUAACCAAUGUAUUUUACCUUCUUCAGUGGUCGGGCAGAAGUUUGGGCUAAUUAUUUGCAUUUUAACUUCAUAAGUGUGGGAUCAGUAUUUUUAAUUGGUGUUUGAGUUUUAUUGGAAACUAAGUAGGUGUGUAAUGCCGCAAAAAAACGAUCAAUGAAACAAUUGCUAAGAAUGUUUAAAUGAAUUUGAUUUUGAAGGCCUCCAAUUAAAUAAAUGGGACUAUUGAUCCAAACAUG